AUGUCAGUCAAUGUUCCAGGAAAUAUUGUUUACAUCCAAGCAUGGGCCUUGAGACGAUUGAUCAGCACUUACAACUACCUGAUUCGUCGACCCCAUGUUCCACGUGAACGAGCACUGAGAAGGAUCAUGAUCUCCCAAGGGAUUAAUAUUGAGCUUGACCCAACACCACCACAAUCCAUUUGCGACCAGCCUGAUUCAGACCCAGAGGCACCAUCUGAUGAGGACGAAGACAUGGACAAUGCAACAAUGGAGGACGAAGGAGGGGAGGAAGAGAUUUGCACGGACGAUGAAGAACUUGAAGGUGCCCCAUUGGAUGCUGAUGGAGCGAUCAACGAGCCUCCAAAGGCUUCAUUGCCAUCGAACUCUACGAAGAUGCCAGCACCGGCCUGUGCCAAGGAUUCUAUGAAGGAUUCCGUGGAUGUGGGUGUUAUCAAGACUCCUUCUCCCAAAGGUGUGUCUCCACCUACAGUCACCCCAGAGAAGCUUGCCCAGUUCGAGGCGACGAAGCAACGUCUUGCAAAGCUUGAGGCUCUUCAGGACUUGUUGAAACACCAGGAGAGAUUGAAAAAGCUAGUGGAGCUAAAGAAAUUGCAGGAUCAAGUCCGUGAGAUGGAAAUCAGGAAAGAGAUACAUUGCAUGAAACUCAUGGAAAACAUUCUCGACGAGCAGAAAAUUCCUCCUCGUCCAAUGCCAGAAAGCAUGGACAAUAUGGAGACCCAACCUCUUGUCGAUGAUGGACAAGGUGACAGUCACCAACCCGACGCGUUGAGCACUGAGCCUGGCAAAGAACCUAUCCCUGCUUCUGGGGACCCAGUGGGUGAGAAACCUGAUGUCCCAAUGCUUCGCACCCAUGAGCCAAGCCCUACUGCACCAUCCAGGAGGUUACAGGAAUACUUGAUAAAGGCAAAGGCCUCAAGGAUUGAAGCUGAAACCACAAACAGAAUAGCUGACACAAAGGAUUCCAACCAUGGAAAAAGCAGUAGGGAAGCGCACGCCAAGAAUGCACAUGGCACAAGCAGCAAGGCAACGGUCAAGGUUUGCAAGAAGCACCUAGGCACAACUGAAGAUGCAACCCCAACCGAAGCAGCAUCACUCCGAGACAUGCCUUCAAAGCCAGAAGAUUGGGGAAAGCACGAGCCUGUCUCAGCAGAUCAGCAACAGCCACCCAAACAAAGAGGUAGGAAGCCCAAGCAAAAGAAUGACUGCAAAGACAAGCCUCAGCAAAAGAAAGCACCCAAGCGCAAGUCCAAAGCAAGCAAAGCAGUAUCACCUGAAGCUUCCAAGGACAUUGCAGCAGAAGCCUUGCCCACAGGGAAAGCAGCAAAGAAAGCAAAGAUUGACAAGAAGACCACUCUCUACUACGAGCCCUUGGAGCCAGAAGGUGACAUCAACACAGACAAGGGUGCUGCCUUUGAUGCCUAUGCAGCUGCUUCUGCAUCUGCUGAUGCUUCCCGACUUGGUGAGCAAAGUGCCAGCAAUGGGACAGGAGGUAGGAGACGUAAGGGAUCCACAGCAGCAGCAGCAGCAGCAGCAGCAAAGAGCAAGGCAAAGGACAAAGGUGAGGAGCACAAGCCCAGUAAAUCCAGUCGCAAAGCUACUCCCAAACCUAAGGGUCGCAGCAGCAAAACCACCCGAAUGGCAGGAGACAACAGCCCUGAUGGUGAGAGCUCAAAAAAGAAGCCACAACGCACAAGCAAGAAGGAUUGCAAGGAUGCCAGCACAAAGCAGAAAAGUCCCGAGUACAAAGCCAAGUUGAGCCGUAAGAGCUGUGCCUACAAGAAGGCUUUCAACGAAGCGAAAAAGGCAGGAGUAGAGGAGAACGCAGCCAGAGAAAUUGCCAAGAAGGUUCUUCAUGGAGAAAUGGAUAGCCCGGCAUGCCUCAUCCGGUGGGCACUGGCUCGCUUGAGCUCUCUUUUCCAGGAAUCUUGUGUGAAUGGAGUCCUGCUGGUAAUGUGGUCUACCGAUGUCACCAGCAGAUUUCAGCUGGUGGAGCUCUUCGCAGGGCGUGGCCAAGUGGGUGCAGUAUGGAGGGAGAAUGGCCGCUCUGCUGGCCAAUACGACUGGGACUAUUCCCGAAAGGGCAUGGACUUUUUGGGAAAUGGUGGCUUUGCGUCUGCCAUCUACAUGGCCUUAUGUGCGGUGCCUUUGAGCCUGUGGCUGAUGGGUCCUGACUGUGGCCCUUGGACAGUGAUAUCGAGAGGUACCUCAUGGAGAAAUGUUUGUAACUUCUGGGGCAACCUGAACUUAGAGUGGAUCAAUGGAUCCAACUGCAUGAUAUCCCGGCUGACGUUGCUGCUAUACAUAGGCACGGCCUUGCGCUGCACGUGGCUGUUGGAGCAGCCGGCUGGGAGCCAACCAGUGUUUGCCAGACACCAUCGUUUUGAACAUUUCUGCAACACUGUUGCCUUUGUCUGGAGGCAACGUUUCUGGAUGCAACACUUUGGCGCUCCCUCGGCGAAGCCAACUGUUUGCUGGGGAAAUGAUCCCGAUAUUCUCCACUCCUUGGACAAAGGUGUUCUCAAGAAGACCUUCCGAGAAGAGCACACCAGUGUGAAAACAACAAGUGUUAUCCCCGAGGACUUGGCGAACAUCUCCUUCGAGUACAUGAUGAGUCCAAGGCUAAGCCAGGCAGCCAAUGCCAAGAUAUUGGAGCUCCAAUCUCAGGUUGGUGGCCUAUCAGGGGAAGAUCAUCGCCCACAACCCGCAGGUGCUGGCUAUGUCGAAGCUCGCUCGGCUGGUGGUUUUACUCCAGGAUUUGAGCCUGGACCUCCCCUGGACAAGACUCAGCUGUCAAGAUUGGGCUCUGUUGCCCCCUCAGAAGUGCCUGUCACCCCAUCCCCUAAAGCCUCUGUGCACACACCUCCACAACGUUCAGUGUCCAUGGCUGCUCAUGCUGAUACCACCUCCCAAAGUCCAAUCAUGAUUGGUUCUUCUGGGAGGAAGUUGACCUAUGCAGAACAGCAAGCAUAUUUUCCUGAUGCCCAGUAUCGUGAUGAAACAUUACGGACCCCACUCCUUUCUUCGCCAGAAGACACCGAUGAGAGCAUCUUAAAAAAGAAGACUAUGCGCCUUGAGGACACUUUGGUCGAUGAAACACAGGAGGUUCCCCAGCACCCUUCUCGAGAGAGUGAGCAAGGUGAACCGCAUGGCACAGCACGGUCUAGCAAUAUUGGGGAUAGCGAGGUUGACAAAAGCCAAGCAGGUGAAACCCCUCCCUCUUCCAAGCCCAGUCCCGAGGGGGACAUGUACUCAGAUGGCACGUAUUGGAAGAUGCGGAACUACACCAAGCCCAACAAACGUGGUGUGUGCAAAGCAAGUGAGAGUGCAGUUGCAAUGUUCAAGACUGAAAAUGGAAGAAAGCGACUUCGUGAUCUGCUUCUUCAACAUGGGAGCUUCGAGCAAGUAGAAGUUGCCCUAGUGAAAUAUAGAAAGGAAGAAGAAGAGAAUACACUUGAAGGAGGUUUCUAUUCAGCGGUCGAUUUGGCAAAUGAUGGAUGGAAUACGCAGAUGAUCGAGCAUAGUCGCCAGUGGGCCCUUCAGAGGGGCUUGGUGGAAAAAAAUGAAGUCCACGGAGAGGAAGAAUGGCGCAUCCCCAAGAAGCGACGAUUCAAGUUUAAGGAACAACAUGGUACGGAGGAUUCCACUGGUGCCAUGUUCGAGCAGCAGAUUGAUCGCCAAGCUUUGGUGGAAGGUGAUGCUGUCAGAAACCCGGCUCAGCAGCUCAGCGCUGCCUCUCAUCAAGCAGCUGCGGCAUCGAAGCAGAAGGCUCUGCCGGUCCUGCAGGCCAACCAAGAUCCCUUUGGUCUGUUGGGGGCAUUCAUAGCUGCAGUUGGAGCAAACAUUUCAAAGGCUGAAGAGCAAAAGGACCGUCUUAGCGAUCUCCAAACAGAACGGGCAACCAAGAUGGCCAAGGAGAUGGGGGAUGCAAUUGUGGAGUAUGAGGAUCUGUACAAAAAGCUUUUGAAGUAUCAAAUCGACUUUACCAGUUCCGUCCCUGACAGGAAUGCAAAAGACCUUCUGAGCAAGACCUAUGUCCAAUGCACACAGCGUGACAUGUGUGUCAACAACCUGAUCGGCCGGGUAAGGACCAUCAAACCUGCAGCGAAGGCCAAGGCCAGCGCCAAGGCCAACUCUGAGAAAAAGCCACUGCCCCUGAACCGUAGGGCUAAGUCAAAGAAGAAUCUAAAGAAUGUUACAAAGGAUGAUGAUGAUGAUGAUGCAGAAGAAGAUGAACAGAAUGAAGGUGAAGAUGACACACCGACUCGCUCUUCUAGCAGCAAGCCAAAAGGCAAAACUGGCAAAGCCAAAGCCGUGGCAGUGCCAAAGACCAAAGUGGUCAAGAAAAAGAAGGCAUCCAAGUAG